GAUUUUUUUGGUUAACUAUAGUACUACCACUACCAUCAUUCAUAUGGGACGAGAAAAUAGAACAAAAAGUUACCCUAGUCCUACCAUACAUUUUGCUCAUAUUCUUGCUCCAGAAACAUGGCGGACGUAUUUAGCAAGGGCGUUUUAAAGAUAGUGGUAGCUCAACUGACUCAGGCUGUUGGAUUCGAUUCCUUACAACUUGGUACUUUAGAAGUAUUGACAGAUCUCUUGGAAAGGUUUCUUCUCACAACUGGACGGACUGCUCAUGACCUGAGUGAAAAAUGUGGCAGAACCAAUGUAAUGACGGGCGACAUCGAACACUGCUUCAACUUGCUUCAUAUUUCACCACGUGAGAUAAUUGACUAUGUUCAACAAAUGGACCAAGUGCAAUUCCCGUCAAAAGUUGCAAAAUUUCCCAUUCCAAAGUCGUCCAAUUUCCAGUUCCAGUCUAUCCAUGAAUCGAGUGAUUCAGAUAUACCAAGUUAUUUUCCCUCUUUAAAACAGUCAGCAGCAGAAGAAAAGCCACUAAACACAUCAGACCAAAGGUCUCGGAGUCCUCUUUUUACAAUUGCUGGUAAAGAUGCUUCAUCUGAUGAAAGCGCGGCAGAUGGAUAUGCUUCCGAUGGUUCAUCCACUCAUAAUGCAGAAUUGAGAUACCUUACCAACCCUGAAGACAUCCCUGUAGUGAGUGGAACAGCAGCUUCAAGUUCUCCAUCUUCACUAAGCACAACAGACUAUCAUCCAUUCAAACGUGAAGUUGCUGUCACGCCUCCAGAGAUUCCAAACAAACUUACAGAAAACAUCCGGCCCAAGCCACACAACACCAAGCAGUCAUUAAGUAAAAAUGACGAACCCCUUUGGGUUAAACAGCACGCAGCAAGGAUGGAGCACCAGACUCCAAAAUCAUCAAAAAGUUUCAUCAAGUCCACCAGUACACCUGUGUUUCCGAACAGAGACAGUGGAAAGCCAAUAAAACAUGAAACUCCUGCUCCAAAGGUGUCUCCCUGGGACUCGCCUCUAUUUUCAAACCCAAAACUGCUUUCUUCCAAAAGUUCAGACUCGUUUAAAAAGAGCACGCCAAAGGAUAAAUUUCGGGGCGAUUUUUCGGAAAAAACUUCAAAGCCAAAAAAAACUUCUAUUACAUCAAGGAUAGCUGAGGUGGAUAAACUUUUACACGACCCCCUGGUUGUUAAAGAAGAACCUACACCGCCAUCCAAGGUCAAACUAGAAAAGUCACCCAUGAGCCCCCACUAUAACCUGCUACGAGCUGCUGAGUUGACUAAGACACCGAUAGAAGCUCCGAGUUCAAAUAAUUCAGCUUUAUUUGCUUCUCCAAAAUCCAUGGAUGAUGCAAUUGAUGCUGUUGUACAUCGAGCAUCAAAAGAAGUGGAAGAAGCAGAACUUAUGAAGUUUUCGCAUCUAGUGAAGGACUCGAGCAGUUCUGGUGAGGAUUUCGAUGUGGAAGUUUCACAUAAAACAGAGGAGUUGUUGCAGUUGGAACAGCGAGGUUUCCACCACCAUCAUGAUGAAGAAUCUCCCGUUCGUCCCCCCCUGACCCCCUCACCUGCCCCAUCUAAUACCUCCAUGAUAAUAGACCAAGAUAUUGACUUUAACCCUGGAAAUAAAUCUACAUACAGAGAUAAAGUUCCAUCAUUGCUUGUCCACACACCAGAACCACAAAGUGAACGAAAGCACAGUGUGUCUUCUCACAGCUCAGUGGUGUCACAUGAUUUUCACGAUGAACCUCAUGAUAUUUAUGAUUCCCCUCAUAGGAAACAUUCACGUGAAAUACAAAGUUCUCACACUAGCUACAGCCCUCCACAUCAUAAGAAAUCUAAGAAAGACCGUAAAGACAAAGAUUACAACAAAGUUAAAUCUCUCAAGAAAUCAAAGCAUAAGGAUAAAGAAAAGAAACGUUCAACAUCACACGAACAACACAAACUCGAUUUGAAGUCAAAGUCAGUUGAAAAACUUGUGCUCAAAAAAUCAAAGUUUAUUGCACCUAAAGUAAAGCCUGUUGUGAAAGAGAGAGAGGUAGUUUCAUGUUCCUUUCAACGUGAGAGACUUCCACUGCCCAAGCUUUCUGCUGAAAUACCUGCCCCUCUCAUUAUUAACAAGGAUAAAAAGAAGGAGAAAAAAGAGAAAAAGAAGAAAAAGGAAAAAGAAAUAAAACUAAUGAAACAUACAAAGGAAGAAGUCACCCCAAUACCCAAGUUAACGUUUAAAAUGACAACCAGUGACAAGAAAGUGAGUAUAGUGAAGCCAUCUAAACAUAAGAGGACACCAUCCUUAGAUGAAGACGAAAGUGACUUUAAUGAUGACUUGGAUGAUGAAGAUCUGUACCCUCCACCGCCAAAGAAAAAAGCUCCGGAAGUUAAAAAAGAGCAAAAACCAGUGGAAAGAAAACUGAUCACUCAAACCAUCAGUGUUGGUCAUGCAGUUGGUGUUGUACUUGAUGACGAUGGAAACAGGGUUUGGAUUUGCCCUGGUUGCAAUAAACCUGAUGACGGUAGUCCUAUGAUAGGCUGUGAUAAAUGUGAUGAUUGGUAUCAUUGGCCGUGCGUUGGCAUCAUACAAGAACCGCCUGAAAAUGAAGAAUGGUUUUGUCCGAACUGCAGAAAAGCUCAAAAGCAGAAGGGAAAGAAAAAGAUUAAAACAAAACAUAGAUAAAUCAAAAUCGUGUUUUCUAUGUUAAAUAUAAUGAUAUAAAUCAGUUCGGAGCAGUUUGUUUCACACACUGUCAUAUGCCUGACCAUUCUAUAUGGUUAAUGCUGCCAGAUAUAGUUUCGUUUUUCAAACGUUAUCAGUAUAUUAUGUGUUUUAUUAAUCUGCUGUUUUUUGGAAUAAACAGUUCACCAAUCAG